AUGGUCAAAACACUCCCCUUCGGCGACAUCCAAGUGCCGUCACCCGGCUUCGGUGCUAUGGGCUUAAGCUUCGGCUUGGGUACCAAUCUCACUUUCGAAGAAGCGGAACCCGUUCUUAUGAAAGCGAUUGAGCUAGGAUGUACCUUUUGGGACACUGCUGUCGUCUAUCAAGCUGGUGUGAACGAAAAACUGCUCGGAGAUUUCAUCCGGAAACACAAUGUCCGGGACAAGGUCUUCAUUGCUUCGAAAUGCGGCUUUGACGUGUUCGGCGAUCGCUCCGUCACCAAUUCCCCUGCUCAUAUCAAGCAGUAUAUCGAGGGCACUAUCGAGCGACUUGGCUUCGCGCCUGACCUCUACUACCUGCACCGGAUCGAUCCUAAAACACCACUCGAAGAGUCCAUCCCCGCACUAGAUGAGAUCCGCAAGGCCGGCAAGACCAAGUAUAUUGGUCUCUCGGAGUGUUCGGCUGCGACACUGCGCAAGGCCAACUCAAUCGCCAAGAUCGAUGCCGUGCAGGCGGAGUAUUCUGCCUUCGAGACCAUCCAUGAGACUGACGGUCUGAUUGACGCAUGUAGAGAGCUAGGAGUAGCUUAUGUCGCGUACAGCCCGCUAGGACAUGGCUGGCUCGUUGACGACUUUCAAUACAAGUCUCCUGAUGACUUUGCUCCGGAUGACUUCCGCAGGAGGAGCCCCAAAUUCCAAGGCGAGAACUUCUACAAGAACCGCGCAAUCGUGGAGGAGAUCAAGAAGCUCGCUGCUCGGAAGAACUGCACGACUAGCCAGAUUGCGCUGGCCUGGGUCGCGGCGCAGGGGUUCAUUGCUAUCCCCGGUACGACUAAGGCUAGUCGACUAGAGGAGAACUGGGCGUCCAGGGAUAUUGAAUUGACCGAGGAGGAGAAGCAGGAGAUGCGGAGAAUCAUUGAUGUGGCAAAGCCCCACGGGAAUAGGUACGGGCCUGAGCAUCAGGCUUUGGUUGGACAUUAA